AUGCGAACAUUGGAAUGGGAUAAUAUGGGAGUGAAAAUCGAUGGUCGGCAGUUACAAUAUCUUCGUUUUGCUGAUGACAUCGUCCUUAUUAUACCAAACGUUAGCCAGGCGGAACGUAUACUUGGCGACUUUGAUAAAACCUGUGGAAAGAUUGGUCUUCGACUAAAUCUCAAAAAAACGAUGUUCGUGGGGAACAGAUUGUUAUCGUAUGCCACAUUCACGCUCAACGGAACGAACAUCUCCGAAUGCUCCAGUUGUGUCUAUCUAGCUUGGCAAAAUCAACAUGGUGAACGACUUAUCUCCAGUGUUGCGCAAAAGGAAACGAGCAGCUCGAGGAGCUAUCACAAGUAUCGAGGAAGUAGUGAGCGUAAACAGGAUAAAAAAUCACUCAGCGUUAUCGAACGCGCAGUGGAAAGGAUGGCGUUAGGAGUAUGCCAUGUCACGCAAGGGAAAGGAUCCGAAGCCUCUGACUUGCGUCAACGACCAAAAAUCAAAGAUGCCGCUCUGCACGCCAAACAGUCGAAUAUAAGGUGGGCUGGACACGUAAUGCGCAUGAAUGACAACCGAUGGACAAGAGCCGUUAGUGACUGA